AUGGUUGGUUCCAAUAAUACAAUGUCUAAUACGUUGAAGGAGAUGGCAGCUGAACUGGACAAUAUAACAAAUCAAAACCGGCAUUCCAUUUGUAUGCCAGACAAUAGCUCUAGUGUAAAACAAGUUCCUGACAUACGAGAAACAAUUUCGGAUGUGGAGGAAGGACUGAUCAUUGGCAGGACUGAAGAAAUAUUGGAAAUAGUGGCUACUUUAUGUGGGAGCAUCACACUAGAUAACAAGGUCACCAUCCUUCCAAUAUAUGGCAUUGGAGGAGUUGGCAAGACAACCCUAGCUCAGUUAGUUUUCAAUGAUUCUCAAUUCGCAGGCUACUCUCGGGCAUGGAUCUAUGUGUCCCAAAAUCUCGAUUUGAAUAAAAUUGGCAAUUCUAUUAUAUCACAGCUAUCAGAGGAGAGCCAUAUAACUAACAAGCAGAUGAUAUAUAAGAAGCUGAGCGGGUUAUUUGCUGGUAAGAAGAUUCUUAUUGUCUUAGAUGACGUGUGGGAGACAAAUCCACGUAGUCUAAAGGAUUUGAAGUCCAUGCUAAGACCUGCUGUGGGUAGCAUGCUGACAGUUAUCGUAACCACAAGAGAUGAAGCCAUUGCAAGGGAAAUUUGCCAUACAGUUGGGCCAUACAAGCUAGAGACGUUAACAAAUAAUAGUUGCUGGAAAAUAAUAAAGCAGAAAACUGCCUUUAAAGACCGAGGCGACAAAAAACAGUUGAAGCAUAUAGGAAAGGAGAUUGCAAACAAGUGUGGAGGUGUGGCUUUGGCGGCUCAAUCACUGGGAUACACACUGAAGGGGAAGAUGUCUGAUGAAUGGGAAUCAGUGAGAGACAAUUAUAUAUGGAAUCUAUCUAGUUCGGAGGACCCAUCAUCAACAGACCAUGAAGUGCUUGCAUCCUUGCUGCUAAGCUAUAGCCGUAUGCCUGAUUGGUUGAAGUUAUGCUUUUCCUAUUGUGCAGUCUUUCCAAAAGGUCACAGUAUAGUGAAGUAUGAUCUAAUUUACCAAUGGAUUGCACUUGGAUUCACAGAGCAAUCUGAUGUAUUUGAUUCUAUGCAGCUCUGCGAGAAAUAUGUUGCACAACUCUUGGGGAUGUCCUUCCUUCAAUAUUCAAAGACACAACCUUCGGAUGACUGCACCCUUCCCUGGACCCUGCGCAAGCGGGAGCUACAUGCACUGGGGGGUGGCCCACUCAUUUCUGGACAGUCCGUCGGAGACCUUAUGCCCACGGUGCUCGCUACUAGUGAUUGA